AUGGACUGUCUUAAUUCUAGAGUUGAUAGACGUCUAAGUCAAUUAUUUGAAGUGGUUAAUAAGAACAAAAGUGAUUUUGAUGAGUUUAGAAGAUUCUUAACCACACCAAUAAUCCAAUCUAGAGCUCUGCCUUUAGAUGGCGGGAAUCCAAACCCCAUUAACAGUUCUGUAAAUUCUAGUUCAUCUCCCGUCGGCGGCGGAAAUGGUCAGCCACGGCAAGAUAACCUCUUUCCGCCGAUGACAAACCAACCAACUCCUCACCGCAUGAAUCGCGGCGAGAUUCCUGCCACUACUCAAGUGGAAGGGAUACCCAAUGUGGGAGUUGGAGAAAUUCCCCCACGUGGUGAGAAUUUGGGAGUGACACAUUCUACUCCAGUGGAACCGCCACCCUAUACGGUGUCUACUCACAUGGGAGGGGGUGAUAUGAUCUCAAUUCCACCCUUGAAUCAUCUCAAACAAAACGUUCAAAGAUCGGGUCAAGUUAAUACGAACUUGGCUGGAAAUUUUCUAAGUGUUGAGACAGUUUUGGGAAGGGUACUUUGGAGGGCGAUUUCUCUCAAACCUCUCAUUGGAAAUGCAAGGUUAGGGUCUUAUUUUGAACCCUGGAUGUUUGUUGAUGGUUUGAUGCAUUUGGAUUGUGGAAAGAAGGUCAGGAGGGUUGUUUUCCAAAGCCAUCAAAACCCUAUCAUGCACUCUGGAAUCUGCCAGUUUUUGGCUAAGGCAGGGAAGCAGUUUGAGGUACCAACUUUGAGCUCGGAUUCAAGGAGUUUGGGGCAUGACCAGCUGGAGCUUGGAGUUGGGAAUGGAAGGGCAAGACUUUCUAAACCAAGGGAAGGAAUUGGUUGA